AUGUCUCGUCCUCGGCUCGUCCUGUCCAUAGGUCUCAUUGACUUCGUUUCUUUGCGCUCUGUCACCCACAAAACGCUAUGCGGGGAGGACGAGGACCCGGACAACCAAGUCGUGGACGCGGCGGUGGCCGCCAUGGGACAUGUCACCAGGUUCCUGUACCAGCAGUUGUAUUUGGAAUUGGGUGCGGCAGAGAACAUAUCACAGUUUGCGGAGGACCGAGGCCUAAACCCUGAUGUUUUCGAGCGGGCUGUCGUGGAGUUCUCCGAAGCGCAGAGAUGGCGUCUCUUCCCGGGGCGCUGGAUGACAGCGCUUAUCACCUCCUUGCUACCUCGACCUGUUCCAGAACCAGAAUCCCCUCCGCUUUUCGUGAGCAUUGGUGCUAAUCGCCGGGCUCGCGGGACCUGGGAGCCCUGGGAGUCAUGA